UUCGAGGCUGAGCAGCAGCAACUUUCUGCUUUAGCCCGGAGACGCAAUCGUAGGCAAGGUCCUUGCCAGCCUGCACCCAGCCAUCCACUAACGGACCCAACAUCAGUUACCAAGGGACCAUUCAGCCACACACAGCGGGACCUAUCACCGGUGGCGCAAGGGCAGCGCAUAUGUAGGAAUUCUCCGCCGCUUCUCCAGCUCUCGCCUGUAUUCCCAGCGCUCAGAAGAAACUUUCCCAAAGGCCAAGCAGCCAAGUGCGAACUGCGGGACUCGUAUCCUCCCUCCCAGCCCUGCCUGCGCUCUCAGCUUUCCUCAUUUUCUUCAGCUGCAGCCUGAAAAGCUCUGUAAAUGACUGCAGAGAUUCAGCAGCCCCCCUCCCAGCCCCCUGCCCAGAGCAGCCCAAUGUCUGCGGCCACUGACAAGCACGGAGGGCAGCCAUCGGUUAUGGAGUCUGCCAACUGUGCCACCAAAACCAAGAAGACCAACGCUGGCAUAAGAAGGCCAGAAAAGCCGCCUUACUCGUACAUUGCGCUAAUAGUCAUGGCCAUCCAGAGCUCCCCCACCAAAAGGCUCACCCUCAGCGAGAUCUACCAGUUUCUGCAGAGCCGCUUCCCAUUUUUCCGAGGCUCCUACCAGGGCUGGAAAAACUCUGUCAGGCACAACCUGUCCCUAAAUGAGUGCUUUAUCAAACUGCCCAAGGGGCUGGGCAGACCCGGGAAGGGCCAUUACUGGACCAUUGACCCGGCCAGUGAGUUUAUGUUUGAGGAGGGCUCCUUUAGAAGAAGACCAAGAGGCUUCAGGAGGAAAUGCCAAGCUCUCAAACCCAUGUAUAGCAUGAUGAAUGGCCUGGGCUUCAACCACAUACCAGAGACUUACAGCUUUCAAGGGGCAAGUGGAACCAUCGCUUGUCCACCCAACAGCUUGUCAUUGGACAGUGGCAUUGGAAUGAUGAACGGCCAUUUGCCAAGUAAUGUAGAUGGAAUGGGUUUAAGUGGACACCCAGUAUCGCAUAUAGCUGCUAACGGUGGUCAUUCCUACAUGGGUAGCUGCACAGGCUCCUCUGGUGGGGACUACUCCCAUCAUGAUUCCGGCUCUCCUCUCCUAGGGGGAGGGGGGGUGAUGGAGCCCCAUUCCGUCUAUUCCAGCCCCGCAUCGGCUUGGGCCCCAUCAGCUUCAACCCCAUACAUCAAACAACAGCCUCUCUCCCCUUGUAACUCUGCUGCUAACCCACUGUCCUCCAGCCUCUCCUCCCACUCUCUGGACCAGUCCUACCUGCACCAGAACAGCCACAAUACAGCCUCAGAGUUACAAGGUAUCCCAAGGUACCACUCCCAGUCUCCUAGUAUGAACGACAGAAAAGAAUUCGUUUUCUCUUUUAAUGCCAUGGCCUCAUCAUCGAUGCACUCUGGCAGUGGAUCUUAUUACCACCAGCAAGUAGGUUACCAAGAUAUCAAGCCCUGCGUGAUGUGAUUGGAUAGCUUUGUCUCAGACUUGCCCUCUUCCAGCGCUUCUGGCAGCCAAGUGGUUAAACAAGAAGUUAGUCAUUGCACUAACCAAAGAGGUAUUUGUUCCCAUAUUGAGGACGGAAAAAAAACUCUUAGAUGGAAAAGAAAUAGUUUUGCAUAAUAGAUUUUCUUACUGAGGUCUUUUUUAUACUUCAAACAUUUAUGUUUUUUAAAGAACUAGCACAGAAAGGCCAAAACGUUACCCUUUCAUUGCCUGGUAACCUUGCAACCCACCCAGUGUCGAGCAAAACCUAACCAGGCCUAAAGGUGCGUACCCAAUAACGCAGCAAGAUCCUGGACCCCAACACAACAACUGUCUCCUCAAAUUCUGCGGGGUAAUUAUCGAAGAAAGGUGGGAUGAGAGAACUGGUUUCAUUUUGGACAUAAAACAAUGAGCGUUCAGUGUAUUUUUCUAGUAUAAAAUGUGCCCUUUAUGUGACAGGCAAUGUACUCCCUUAUUUAGCGCAACGGCGUUAGAUGGAAUGAGAAGAAAAGACUUCUGAACUGCCCUCUGUAGAGAGUUACCAUGGCACUUUUCACUCACUCUCUUUAUUUAUUUAUCUUUCCCUUUCCUUUUUUUUUUAAUGACAACGCGACACCAGAUGCAUCCGUCGGUUUAUCAGUAUUGAUGGUGUUUUUGUGUUGGCAAUAUUUGCCAAGUGAAUUUUGUUUUCUUCUUUAAAGUCACUGUAAAUUUGGAACAAAAUUCCGUUCUGUGUAAAGUCAGUCUUUAAUAUGUUUUAUAUAAAUCUAUAUUAUAUAUAUAAAAUAAGGGAUGUUCGUGUGUUAGGUGGGUGCAUUCGGCACCGACCCUGUUAUUUUUCUCUGCACUGUAUAAAUGUAACGGAGACAGCGUUUCCCCCCUUGUGUACAUCUGACAAAAAACACCAAGAAAAAAAAUAAAAUUUGUAUGUUAUUUGUAAUUGUA